AUGAGCGCAGCCACCCACUCGCCCAUGGUGCAGAUGGCGUCCGGCAACGGCGCCGGCGACCGCGACCCCCUGCCUCCCGGCUGGGAGAUCAAGAUCGACCCGCAGACCGGCUGGCCCUUCUUCGUGGACCACAACAACCGCACCACGACGUGGAACGACCCGCGCGUGCCCCCCGAGGGCCCCAAGGAAACCGCAUCCUCUGCAAAUGGGCCAUCACGGGAGGGCCCCAGGCCGCUGCCCACCAGGGAAGGUCACGCCGUGUACCCCCAGCUCCGGCCAGGCUACAUUCCCAUCCCCGUCCUCCAUGAAGGCGCCCCGAGCCGGCCGUACCCUGUCUUCGCCUACUCCCAGCCCGGGACGCAACGCUUCCAAACCGAGGUGGCUGCAGCGGCUCCCCCGAGGUCCCAGUCACCCCUGCGGGGUGUGGCGGAAGCCAGCCAGCCAGAUAAACCAAGUGCACCGGCGGCAGCUGCUGCGGCAGCCCAGCCCCCAGCCUCCCAUGGACCCGAGCGGUCCCAGUCUCCAGCGGCCUCGGACUGCUCCUCGUCCUCCUCUUCAGCCAGCCUGCCCACCUCCUCUGGUAGGAGCAGCCUGGGCGGUCACCAGCUCCCCCGGGGCUACAUUUCCAUCCCUGUGAUACACGAGCAGAACGUCACCCGGCCGGCAGCCCAGCCAUCCUUCCACCAAGCCCAGAAGACACACUAUCCCGCUCAGCAGGGCGAAUACCAGACGCACCAGCCCGUGUACCACAAGAUCCAGGGGGAUGACUGGGAGCCCCGGACCACGUGGACCGCGUCCCCCUUCCGGCCUCCCGUCCGGGGUGCGUCCAGCCGGGAGGGCUCUCCCGCCAGAAGCAGCACGCCAGUGCCGCCCCCGCCGUCUCUGCGUGUGCAGACUGCGGUCGACAGGCCUCAGCCCAUGACCCAUCGAGAACCUUCGCCUGUUCCUCAGCCUGAAAACAAGCCAGAAAGCAGGCCGGGCCCAACUGGACCAGAUCUCCCUCCCGGACACAUCCCGAUCCAAGUGAUCCGAAAGGAGGUGGAUGCUCAACCUGUUCCGCAGAAGCCCCCGCCUCCCUCUGAGAAGGUGGAAAUAAAGGUUCCUUCCGCUGCAGUGCCUUGUCCUCCUAGCCCCGCCCCUCCUACCAUCCCCUCUGCCGUCCCCUCUGCCGUCCCUUCUGCUGUCCCCUCUUCCCCCAAGAAUGUGGCUGCAGAAGAGAGAGCAGCCCCCAGUCCUGCCCCUGCAGAAGCUGCACCCCCCAAACCAGGAGAAGCUGAAGUGCCCCCAAAGCAUCCAGGUGUGCUGAAAGUAGAAGCCAUCCUGGAGAAAGUGCAAGGGCUGGAACAGGCUGUGGACAACUUUGAAGGCAAGAAGACAGACAAAAAGUACCUGAUGAUAGAAGAGUAUCUGACCAAAGAGCUACUAGCCCUGGAUUCGGUAGACCCAGAAGGACGAGCUGAUGUCCGCCAGGCCAGGAGAGAUGGGGUCAGGAAGGUUCAGACCAUCUUGGAAAAACUUGAACAGAAAGCAAUAGAUGUCCCAGGUCAAGUCCAGGUUUACGAACUCCAGCCCAGCUCCCUUGAGACCGAUCAGCCGCUACAGGAGAUCAUGGAGAUGGCCGCAGACAAGAGCAAGAAGAGUGCUGGAGACAGAGAAGACCCCAAAACCGAAACCCAGCCGCCAGAAGCCAAAGAAGAAGCAACUCCAAACCCCAGCAGCACGACAGACACAACUGCUAAGCCGGCAGCACCGUAG